ACCAAAAGGGGCACAAUGUUGUAGGGUAGUGACGCUGUUUUUAAGCUGGUGCUGAGAGCUGAUUUGAAGGGACGGGCAGUACCUGGGGGAUUUGAAAAUGGCAUACCUCCUUAUGUUUGUGACCCUGCUGCACCUUAUCACACUGGCGAUGCUGUUUAUUGCAACCAUGGAGAAGUCCUGGUGGGUGUGGGAUGGCAUGGAGAACUCAGACCUGUGGUACAACUGUAGGUUCGACAACUUCACAGGAACCUGGUUGUGUGCGUCCUCCAAAGAAAGUGAGUGGCUCCAGGCAGUGCAGGUCCUGAUGGUUCUCUCAGUGGUCUUUUCCUCGGUCUCCUUCUUGGUGUUCCUGGGCCAGCUGUUCACCAUGUCCAAGGGUGGGCUCUUCUACUUCACCGGGCUGUGUCAAGUCUUUGCAGGGCUGACCGCCUUUUCUGCAGCUCUCAUCUACACACUACACAAUAAAGAAAUCCUUCAGGACUCCAGAGAACUGACAUCAGGACGCUUUGGCUACUGUUUCAUCCUGGCCUGGGUGUGUGUCCCCUUGUUGCUGUGUAGCGGGGUCAUAUACAUCCACUUACGUAAGAAAGAGUAACCAGAAAAUUAAACACCAUGUCAACAACAGGGUUGGAGGAAAAAGAAACAGACUUGUCUUCUUGUUAACAGAAGUAUCAGAAUCACAAAUGCUUAUUUUAUGAUUUUUGCUCAGGCCUCAGUUAUUGUGAUAAUGUUUUGGAAUUGUAGAUACAUGUAUAUUGGAAAAUGUAUCAGUGAAUGAUGAGCUUUCUCUUUAGCGAGCAUUGAAUCCUCAAUAUCAAUCCAAUAUAUAGCUCAUCUCACCUUCAAGGUUUUUGUUGUCCAGCUGUUCAGCAUGUUGAUCAAGACAGGUAAAUAUAUACCAAAGAAGUUUUAUAUAUUAUUUUUGUAUUAGUGCUGUAGGCAUUAUGAAGCAUUUGAGUUGCUUUUACUGUAAUUUUCCUUAGAUCAGAGCAAGCUUGAAAUAUGUAUAUUUUUGUACCUAAAACUGGCACAUAGAUGCAUUUAGUUGCUGCUUUAAAUAAAUAUCACACACAGAUCCAGAAUGUAUACUAAUCCAUUGCUGUAACAACAUGAAGCAUGUUGUGAGGAAACCCUAAUUUGUUUUCAUUUUUGAUGAUAAUAAAUUGCACAUUUGAUACCAAA